AAUGGGCAAAAUGUAUCAAAAUAGUUUCUUACAGGCGGCAGAUUGAUCAAUACCAAACCUUAAAACAAAAAGAGCAUAAGGGGGCUGAUAUGGGGAGGGGGAAGAUUGUGAUUCGGAGGAUCGAUAAUUCGACGAGCAGGCAAGUGACUUUCUCAAAGCGUAGGAAGGGUUUAAUUAAGAAGGCAAAAGAGCUGGCGAUUUUGUGCGAUGCAGAAGUUGGACUUGUGAUCUUCUCAAGCACCGGAAAGCUUUAUGAAUUUGCAAGCAACAGCUUGAAUUCAGUGAUAGAGAGAUACAGCAGAUCAAAGGAGGGACAUCAGCAACUUCGUAACCCAGCUUCAGAAGUGAAGUUUUGGCAAAGGGAGGUAGCCAGCUUAAGGCAAGAACUACAGAACUUGAGAGAGAAUCAUCGGCAAUUCAUGGGAGAACAACUUUAUGGUUUAAGUGUCAAAGAACUAAAAGGUCUAGAAAGUCAGUUAGAAAUGAGUCUGCAGGGAAUUCGAAUGAAAAAGGAACAAAUAUUAACUGAUGAAAUAGAAGACCUAAAUCAAAAGGGUAAUAUCAUCCAUAUGCAAAAUAUGGAACUGUACAAGAAGGUUUAUGGCACAAGUGCCGUGAAUUCAGAAAGUAGAAAUGUCUACAUUCCCAAUACCAUGUGGACAGGUGAGGAGUCACAUGUACCAAUCCACCUUCAACUAAACUAGCCUAACCAACAAACGUAACAGACGUCAACAACAAGAAGCAAUUUGACGAAGUCUACACUCCAAGGAGAUGCAGUGUUUCUCUAAACAAGUAUACUAGUACAAGCAUCUAAAAUGUAAAAGUUAGUUUUUGUGAAGUUCUUUUUGGGCCCUGGAGUGGUGGGCAUGUCCUUUUUUUGGGCCUGGUGGGCUUUCUUGUUACGGCCGUUGUCUUUGUUGGUUUGCUUUUGCUUC